AGUGGAAGUAAAACUUUGAAAAACUGUUCCAAAAACGUAGAUUGUGUUUUUGCAGCUGGCCACCGUGACGUGUUGAGCUGGCAUGGUGAGUCCUUUCUCAACGGCACCCAACUAAGCAAAGAGGUUCUACCAAAAAAAUAAACUCCCUACGGUUUUCAGCAGCACAACGCCCUCGACUCAACAACCGCACAUAACUUCCAGCAAUAGCAAGCAGCAGAAAGAAGCGCAAAAAAUAAAUAAAAUGUCUGUCGGGACGGCUGCCACGGUGGAGUUCACGGCAUCCAGCCAGCGUGUGAAGAUGGUGGACAUGCAUCCGAAGGAGUCCAUCUUCAUCGCCGCGCUGUACUCGGGUGCCAUCAACUUGUACAACUACCAGACACAGGCCCUCAUCCGCACCUUCGACACCGGCACGGCUCUGCCGGUGCGCUGCGCACGUUUUGUGCCGCGCCUGCAGAGCUUUGUGUGCGGCUGCGACGAUAUGAACGUGCGGGUGUACAACUACAACACGAUGGAGCGUACUAAAACGUUUCAGGCCCACGACGACUACAUUCGCAGCAUCGCCGUCCACGACCAACUGCCGUUGGUGCUGACCUGCGCCGAUGACAUGACGAUUCGGCAGUGGGACUGGAGCAAAGGAUGGGCCCUGCAGAUGACGUACGAGGGUCACCAGCACUUCUGCAUGGCCAUCGCCUUCAACCCAAAAGACUCCUCGACGUUCGCGUCUGCCUCGAUGGACUGCACCGUCAAGGUGUGGCGCAUCAACAACCCCACGUCGAACUACCAGCUCGAGGGCCACGAAGACGGCGUGAACUGCGUGGAGUUCUACCCGCGCGGCGACAAGCCCUACCUGCUGAGCGGGUCCGAUGACCGGACGGUGCGUCUGUGGGACUACCAGACGAAAGCCUGCCUCCAGGUCUUCUCCUUCCACGAGGACAACGUGUCCUGCGUGCUCUUCCACCCGGACCUGCCCAUCAUUUUUUCCAUCUCCGAGGCGGACAACAUCGCCGCCUUCUCAACCGAGACGUUCCGCCUGCUCUACACGUGCAACCACACCGACAUGGGCCGUGGGUGGUCGCUGACCUCCAAGAGGCAAUCCAACAUGCUCAUCGCCGGCUUUGACAACGGCGUGCGGGUUUACAAGGUCGGCGUCGACAAACCCGUCUUUUCGAUGGACGUCAACGGCCGCGUGCUCGUCGCGACCGGCAACGAACUCACCCGCAUGGACAUCAAAGGCGUCGGGCCCGACACGCCAGACGGCGAAGUUCUCAGUGUGGCCAGCAAGGACAUGGGAACGGUGGAGGCCACGGCGCGCGCUAUCCGCCACGCCGCCAACGGUCAGUUUAUCUGCGUCCUCGGCGACAGCGACUACACCAUCAUCUCCUCUCUCUCUCUCCGACCCAAGUCGUAUGGGCAGUGCACGUCUUUUGUGUGGGGUCCGGAGAACGGCGCAUACGCCGUGCUGGAGGGAUGGAUGACGGUGAAGAUUUACAAAGGCUUCAAGGAACGCGCCGUGCUCUCCCUCCCGGCUGCGGCGGACGAACUCUUCGGCGGCCCGCUGCUGGCUGUGCGCAUGGCGAACAGCGUCCUCUUCUACGACUGGGGCACGCUCGCGCUGAUUCGGCAGAUCGACGAGCGGCCCGUCACCCUCGAGUGGAGCCUGACCGGGGAGCUGGUGGCGCUGGCGACAGACGCGGGCGUUUUCUUGUUGAAGUUCAACAGCGAGGCGGUGGCGCAGUAUCUGGCACAGGGCAACCCGACCGGCGACGACGGGCUCGACUUCUCCUUCGACCUGGUCGAGGAACUGGACGAGAAAGUGCGGGAUGUUGCGUGGGUUGGGGACUGUCUCGUGUACAUCAACCAGGUGCACCGGCUGAACUAUUACAUCGGCGGCGAGGUCAACAACAUCGCGGUGCUGAGCCGCAACCAGUAUCUGCUGGGCUACCUGCCAAAAGAGAACCGCCUCUUCUGCAUCGACAAGGAAAAGAACAUCACGAGCUAUCUGCUGCAGGUGGACGUGAUCGAGUACAUGGCCGCUAUCGUGCGCGAGGACUACGACGCGGCCAAUACGUUGCUGCCCAAUGUCGAUGUCAGCCUGCGCGACAAACUCUCGCGCUUCGUGGAAUCGCGCGGGCUACUCGAGAUGGCACUCGAGAUUGCCACCGACGACGAGCAUCGCUUCAACCUCGCAGUGCAGCUCAAGCAGCUUCCCCUGGCCCACAGCAUCGCCAGCGCCGCCAACGUCGCCUCUUACUGGAAGCAAGUUGGAGACAUGGCGCUAGAGCAAGGAUUCUUUGACAUGGCCAUCACGGCGCUCGAGAAGUGCAACGACUGGAGCGGGCUGCUGUUGAUUUACACCUCGUUAAACGACCUGGAAGCCGUCUCGCGCCUCGGUGAUCGCUGCGUCGAGGCUGGACAGGCGAAUCUCGCGUUCACGUGCUACCACCUGACGGGCCGGCACGAGGAAUGUGUCGAAUUGCUGCAGCGCACUGGCAAGACAGGCGAGGCCGCUUUUUAUGCGCGCACUUACUGCCCCGCAUGCAUCGAGGACGCCGUGGCACAGUGGAAGGUCUCCGUGGCAGCUAUCCCUCUCGUGAGCCAGGCGCUCGCGAACCCGGCGGCGUACCCAAACCUUUUUCCCACGCUGCGCGACGCGGCGCCGAAGGAGGCGAAGGAGGAGUUCUCACCGCCAUCGUUCAAGUUCGCCGAGUCACCGACCCACGAGGCCGACCAGAAACGGGACGAGGAGGAACGGGAGACACGGGCGCGGGCACCAGCGCCGCAUGAAGUACCAUCUGCGCAGCCCACUGCGUCCCAUCCCGCGCAGCCUCACCCCACUACCCCAACGGUGGACGAGCUUUGCCGCCCUGCUGCGGAGGCGCCUUCCGCAGUCGCCCCUGUCCCAGCAGUUUCCGCGGCAGCUCCCUUUGUUCACCAUGACCACGCGGGGUCCGAGUCCAGUGGGAUGCAGGAACUAGAGGAGAAUGAAGCGUGGGGCGAGUAA